GAAGAAAACAAGCGAAAACUGAAAUUUUCCUUGAUUCUAUUCAUAAAAAGUGCAAAACGAAACCAUGGUGCCAACGUCCGUCCAGCCGCCGGAGCGUCAUUUCGGCUACAUUUGCUCCAAGUGCCAGGCCGCCUCCUUUGCCGGACGUCGCUAUGCCUGCUGGAUGUGCAUUGGCUAUCAGAUCUGUGGCAACUGCUACGACUCGGACCAGCUGCCCGAGGCGCCGGAGCACAAGUACUUCCAUCCCUUGGAGGUGCACUACACACGCGCCGAGUACGAGCUCUACUUUGCUGGCGAGCCCUACUCGGAGACGACUGUGCCGCAGAGCUACAAGUGUGCGCUGUGCAAUCAGCUGGGAUUCUCGACCUUGCAGCUCUACAAGCAUCUGUCCGAUGCGCAUCGCGGCCACAAGGAUUUCGAUGAAUAUUUCAGCAUACUCUACACCAGGCAUACGGCGGAUGCAGCCGCCGCCACGGUGCGUUUGACUGAGAAUGCCGAAAGUGUGCCGGCAAAUGGUACGACUUUUGUUGCUGUUGCUGGUGCUGCGUCUGGUUCAGGUUCUGGUUCUGGCUCUGGUUCUGGCUCCAAUUCGGGAUCGAUUGCGCAUGCAGUCAUUGCCCCCACGUCGGCCCAUCCCCGGCCGCGCGCCAUCAUUCCCGUGCAGCGCCCAAUGAUGCCUGUGGCCGCGCAGCGCAACGUCAACGACUCGGCGGUCAGUUUCCGUGAGGCUGUGCGCAUGACCCAGGCCCGGCGCGCCGCUCUCCUGGAGCAGCAGGCCUUGAACGUGCUCGAGGAGCUGAGCUUUAGCAACAACAACAAUCCCCGUUACUAUGCGACCAAUCAGUGUCUGACACUCUCGGUGCGAGCGGGCGAGGAGCAAGGACCGCAUCUGCAGCAAUUGCUGCAUCAGCAGCUGAGUCAACUCCAGCAGCUGCCGUCGGCGUCGCAGGCUCCUGCGUCGGCACGUUCGGAGGGCAUCCUUCUGGAUGCUCGCACCAUGCGUAAUCCGAAAGUGACGCGCUUGCGCAACUUGCCGGCGACCAUGCGCCUGGGCACGCUCUUUCCCAAGGUGAGCUCGCAGAUGGCGAGGCGCACGGGCGAGAAUGAUUGGGUCACGUACUGGGCGCACUCGUCCAGUCUGAUGGAUCCGCAGCAGCAGCAACAGGCCGAGAGGCUGGUGACCAGCUAUGCGGACGUCUUGCGUGAAGCACCAGAAUUUAUGGGCAUGGACAAGCAGAAGGAGGAGUCGCCGUCGCAGCACGAUCUGCCACCAGAUGAACAUCGUAUGCACUUCACUGGAGCUCUGCUGUGCUCCAUGCUGGUCGAGGAGCAACUAGCGCCAGUUACCAUGCCAUUGGUAGCUCCCAUCUUGACCAAAGUAACACCACCAACUACUGCCCCGGCUGAGGCCCCAAAGGCAACUCUGGAGGAAGCGGACAGCAACAUCGCUGCACCAGUUGGCCACAUGGAUCGCUUCUAUAAGAAUCUCGAUAUGUAUAACAAGUGGCUAGCUGAUUUCGCCAUUAAGAAGCAGGAGAAGGACUCGAAGGUCGUCGCUUUGCCGGACAUGAUCUUGCAGGCAACACACGAUCCAGUUGGCAUCGACUCGGACAUGGAUCCCGACACCGAUGACCGCGACGAGGAGGAUGAUGCUGCGAGCGGUGCGGACCAGGAGGUGGCCCAACCGGAGAGCGAGGGCAACGUUGUCACCGUCAAUCUCGUCAAUGAGCCCCAUGAUUCUCAGAUCGAGAUUAUCGAAGUGGAAGAUGGCGACGGCGAGGAGGAAGAUUAUGAGGAUAAUUCGGGCUCGGAGACAUCCGAAUCGACUAUAGCCUUGCUGGUCAAUGAAAUUGAUCAGGUGUACGGGUACUAG